CUUCUCUGACUCGUGUGCCUUUCUGAAAACGAAAAGUUUGAAACUUUCAUUUUGUGUAUCGUCGUCGUCACUGAUUGUGACACACCUUUUAAAAAAACCCUAUAAGAUAAUCCUUCACCUACAACAAAUUCUGGCCAUGAAAGCAAAACUCACCCCGAGCUUUAAAUGCAAUUAGCGAAACAUCCCAUCUCUCCUCCCCCCUCUCUCUCUCUCUCUCUCUCUCUCUUAAGCACUAAGCAAAAUCUCAUCUUUCUCUCCCUAUAUAUAUAAAGCUUCUCUCCCAACUCUGCUUUACGCAUAAAAGUAUGUCUUCUUAUAGAUUCCAAUCUGGGUUUUGUCCUCUUUCGUCAAGUCCUUCUCUUGGGAAUUUCGUCGAACGGAUUAAAGACGCUUGUCAUUUCCUCGUCUCUGCUGUUUUGGGUACCAUUAUCUCCGCCAUCUUGACCUUCUUCUUCGCCUUAGUGGGGACAUUGCUAGGGGCACUUACAGGAGCUUUAAUAGGACAAGAAACUGAGAGUGGUUUCAUUAGAGGAGCAGCAAUUGGUGCCAUUUCGGGUGCUGUUUUCUCUAUUGAGGUCUUUGAAUCAUCCCUCGAUCUCUGGAAAUCCGAUGAGUCAGCUUUCGGAUGUCUUCUCUAUUUGAUUGAUGUCAUUGUUAGUCUUCUAAGCGGGAGACUUGUACGGGAGCGAAUAGGUCCUGCAAUGCUUAGUGCUGUGCAAAGUCAAAUGGGAGCUGUGGAUACAGCUUUUGAUGAUCAGAUAAGCCUCUUUGAUACAGGAGGCUCAAAAGGAUUGACAGGAGACCUGGUUGAGAAAAUCCCAAAGAUGACAAUUACUGGCAACAAUAACACAGAUGCUUCUGAGAACACAGACUCCUGUUCUGUUUGUCUUCAGGAUUUCCAGCUUGGUGAAACAGUUCGAAGCUUGCCUCAUUGUCAUCACAUGUUUCACUUACCUUGCAUAGACAAUUGGCUCCUCAGACACGGUUCUUGCCCGAUGUGUAGACGUGACCUUUAAUUUCACUCUCUCUCUCUCCAUUGUCCGUCUCUCGUAAUGCAGUCAAACCGCGCAGUUCAAAUAUUUCUACAGCUUGUAGCUCAAGAGGCGGUUCUGCUCCUUUUCCUCUUCCAUAACUUUCAUGUAAAUUAUAGUUCUUUUUGGCUGUUUACAAUUACCAUACCUCUCUUUGUCUUUCAGAGUCUUUGUAGGACUCCCGAGUUCUCUAGUGUCAUGUUUUAGUCAGCCCAUGUACAAAGAAAGACAUAAUAUAGAGUUUUUGUUUAUUUAAAUUUUUAUUCUGCCUAA